AUGUCAAAUCAACGUGCUUCGUGCUCAAGCGACAUUUCAGUCGUCCUUAGCGAACCUUUUCAAAGUAUGAUACUGAACAAGCGUUUUGCAUACUGGGAUGACUUUGAUAACGCCCUAAAAGAGUUCCAAAAAACUACGUGCACUCAUUACAUCCACGCAGAAAGCAGGUUGCUGAAGGAUGUCAGAUUCAAAUACCUGUUUGUUGCUUUUCAUUGUACAUUUGGUCAUAAGCGGAAAUCAGAAGGUUUGAAAGUGAAUCAAAAAUCGUCUAAAUUCCUUAAUUGUCAAUCAAAGUUCCGUGUACGACUGGAGGCGGAAGGAUAUGUCAUCAAAUCCUACAAGAUGCUCCACAAUCAUCCAUGUAGUAGUUCAUGGAUGGUUUGUAAUCCAUGGACAAGAAGAUUAUCGUCGGAAGAAAAAGAGAAUUUGAAGCCAGUCAUUUUGCAGUCGCAGUCAACUGAUGAAAUUAUAGAAUGUGUCAAGGAGAGAACUGGUAAGGUGGUCACUGUUGUUGAUGUCAAGUCUAUGAAAGCUGAACUCUCCACAGGUUGUUGUACGCGUAAAAAUGUUAUGGAUUUGUUGCGACAGAAAGGUGAAGUUAGGGAACAUUUAGAAAAUGGAUAUGUAACGAGAAUAUGUUUCAGUAUUUAUGACCAAAUGCACUUGUACAAUGAAUAUCCGGAAGUUGUUUGCAUUGAUUCUACUUAUAAUACCAAUAAUAAGAAAUAUUCCUUAUUUCAGUUGGUUGUAACGGAUAACUUUGGUCGAGGACGUACGGUCAUGUUUGCCUGGACGCUAAAGGAAAUGCGUGCAGAUGUCACCUGGAUUCUAGACAAAUUCAAAGAAAUCAUGGGAACAACAAGACGGACAGAAACAUUUGUUAUGGACUGUGCACGAUCAGAAAGCGCGGCUGUCCGUAUCACACACGGGCACGCAAACAUUAUUCUGUGCGCUUUUCACGUAAUCCGCGCUUUCCGCAAAAAGACACGUGACAAAAUCGUGAGAACGUACCUCAGUCGAUUGGUAA